AUGGCCGGCCUCGACGAGCCGCUGCUGCCAUCCGGCGCGCAGCAGCAGCAGCAGCAACAGCAGCAGCAGCAGCAGCAGCAGCAGCGACGGCACUUCAAUGCCGGAGGCAGCUUCGCCGGCAGCGGCCGCCCCGACAUGCGGGUGACGUCUCUGCGCUUGGUGGUGCGCGAGCACUCCAGCACGGGCGCGCCUGUAUCAGUGAUGAUUGAGGAGGAGGGCGAGGAGCACCUUCCCCGCAGCCGCCGCCACAGCUACUCGGGGCCGCCGCAGCCGCAGCCCGACAGCUUCAACAUUUGCGUGUUCAACCUCACCAAAGUGGUGCUCGGUGCAGGAAUGAUGGCGGUGCCACGGGCGGUAUACCUGCUGGGGUUGAUUCCCGGCACCCUGCUGGUGGUCGCCAUCGGCUGGCUCACCAACGCCACCCUGGCGCGCGGCCUGGUGGCCGGCAGCGAAGCGGUCGGCGCCAAGUCGUAUGGGGCGCUGGCCGGCGCGGUGCUGGGGCGGCGCGUGGAGUGGGCGCUGCAGCUCAGCGUAUUCAUCAACUGCUGGACCAUGCUGGUGGUUUUCCUCGUCGUCAUUGGUGACGUCCUCAUCGGCACCGCCCCUGAUUACUUCGGCUUGAUCCGUCAGGUCACCGGCGUCACGGGGGGCCCUUUGCUCAGCCGCCCGACCGUGCUGGGCGUGCUGUGCGCGGGAGUGCUGCUGCCCCUCGGCAGCAUGCGCAGCAUGGACCAUCUGGCGCUGGUCAACAUCGUCGGCGUCGCCAGCAACGCCCUGUUCGCGCUGCUGCUGCUGGCACUCGCGCUGCUCGCAGCCGCCUCGGGCCGCGCCCAGCCGCUGCCGCUGUGGCCGCAGUGGGACGCGCUCGCGGGCAGCGCCGGCAGCGGGGGGCCCGGCGCCGGGCGGCUCAGUGCUGUGCUGUGCCUGAUGUCGACGCUUCCAAUCAUCCUCAAUUGCUUCACGGCGCACCAGUCGCUGCACCCGCUGCUGCCGUCGAUGCAGCCGUACAGCACGCGCCGCGCCCAGACCAUGGUGGCAACGUCCCUGGGGCUGGCAGGGGUGCUUUACUACACAAUUUCGAUCUGCGCGUGCGUCGUCUUUGGUGCGGCCCUGCAAGAUGACGUCCUCUCAAACUUCACGGUGGCCGGCGUGGCGCCCCUACUGGGCUCCGAGCCGGCCGCGCACCUGGCGGCGGCCGCGGUCAGGAUCGGCUACCUGCUGUCUGUUGCCGGAUCCUUCGUCCUCCUGCUCUUCCCGCUGCGCCACGUGCUUGCGGACGUGCUCCUCGGCGGCCACGACGCGCUGCAGCGCCGCUGGCUGCCGGCGACGGCGGGGCUGGUCGCGUCCGCGUACGCGACGGCGUGCUACCUGCCGUCGAUCUGGGGGGCGCUCAGCCUCGUGGGCGCGACCGCGACGACCGCACAGGCGUGGAUAGUGCCGUCGCUGGUGAUGCUCGCGCUGGAGCGGCAGCUGGCUGCGGGCAUGGGCGGCGGCGGCGCCGGGACCGGUGCGGCGGCAGCAGGGUUUGGGAAAGGGGACGGCGGCGCCGUCGCGCGGUGGGCGCGCGCGGGGCGCGUGGCGGUGGCGGGCUUGAUACUGAUCGUUGGGUCCGCGAUGUUUGCGAACGCCAUCGUGGGGGAGGUGCUGAGGCGGGUCGCCGCUCAGACGCUUUGA